AUGUUCAUACAUCUAUCUAUCUAUCUAUCUAUCUAUCUAUCUAUCUAUCUAUCUAUCUAUCUAUCUAUAUGCAUGGAUGAAUCACUAUUCUCCAAGAACUACCACUCUGUGCUUUUUUUUACUACUAUGUUUAAUUUAUUGUUGAAUUCUUCACGACAAAACACGUUUCUUUCUUUCUUUCUUUCUUUCUUUCUUUCUUUCUUUCUUUCUUUCGUGACUUACCACACGCAUCUUUUCUUUUGUCACACUUCGUCUUCAUUUUUCUUUCUGUCUUUUAUUUUGUUUCUUAAAUUUCUUUUUUCUUUUUUCUAUCUCGUUUUUUUCUGUUUUUCUUCGUGUCUUUUCACCCCUAUCGACCAAGCUAGAUCGCUAAAUGUUGGUAUCUAUCUAUCUAUCUAUCUAUCUAUCUAUCUAUCUAUCUAUCUAUCUAUCUAUGUUCAUACCUACCUAUCUGCUUUUUAG